AUGACCGGUGUCAAGGGACCGCGGGCACGUCAUCUACUCGUCGUGCUUCCAUCGUCCACACCCAUUUUAAUUCCAGGCCCCGCCCUGUUACUUUUGCGAACGUCAAAGGUUCUGGAAGAGGUUCUUAAGCGACUUCACCGUCCGGACAUCCGCAUAAUGAGUAAAGUCGCGGCCGUGCCCGGUCUAAUGAUGGCUAGUUCAAAGGUUCUGUGGAGCGUUUUCGGGUUCGUUCUUCUCGUCCAGAUCAUCGAGGCUACGGUAGCACAGGCGCAGAUAGAUGUGAAUUGUGGUCGAGUAAGUGUUGUUGAAGUGCUUUUGGUGAUAAGGGUCGAUGAUUAUGUUGAUUACUACGGUCGAUGAUUAUAUUGAUUAUGAGGGUCUAUUAAUGUUCUGUCACGGUGUUUCGAGCAAUUUGUCAAAAUCACGUGUUUUGAUGCUAAUUGCGCAUUAAAGCAGGUUCUUGAAACCUAAAAACUUCCGUUCGUACCUAUCUACAUCAAUAUCAUUUUUGAGCACAACAUAUUCGUUGUUUGAGUCAAUCUUUUUUUGCAUUUUACAAUCAUUUUGAGCAGAUGGGAAACUUUAAAUUUAAAAAAAAGUCAAGAUUUCGUCUUAAAAAUUAAUAUUCCUAGGUAUGAGUCACACAACUUUGGCCAUCUUUUUCUAAAACUGUAAAUUUAACCUAAAUCAUUGUCUUUUUGUCUACACCUUUGUCAUAUCCUCUUAGAAUAGGAAAAGUACAGUAUCUCUUGGUCCUUUGCAUGGCUUACUCGACCUCCCACUACCGCCAAAUAACAUGUUACUCUAACAAAUACGAUUAAGUAUGAAUGUGUGUCAAGAGAUCCUCUCCUCUGCUCUAUUAAAACUGGUCCUACGCAAUUUUGCACUAAAUUACCGAGCAGUCGAUCCAUUGUUUGCCUCCAGAUUUACUUUGUCCAAACCCUGAGGGAAAUCAGCUCAGGCUGUCGAAACCUAAUGAAACUCGGUCAGAGGCUAACCUCAGCUUGGCUAACUUCAGAUUGGCUAAAUUUGCAUUUCAGAUCCUGGCUAACAACAACCUAGAUGCCGAAGACAAACAGCUACUCUGCAAGAUCUACCAACAGUCAUCUGCCCUCGAGCAGUUAGGAGCCAUCGUCAGCGAUUCGCUGGAACGUUUCAUGGGAGAAGAAGGUGAGUUUGGCACUGUUUCCUUUUCUAGAUUAGUGCUACAUUAAGAGUUCAUUAUAUGGUUUACCUAGUUCAUUACAUGAGUUGCUUAUCAUCCUUGUUAAAUUAUUAUUGCCACAAUAUUUCACACUCUUGCAAAAAUACUCCGAAUUCGUUAGCCAUUGGCGCAUUAACUCUGCAACUGCCAUCCCUGACCCCACUUAAACCUUUAAGUAUUAAUUACUGACUUGCAGGAUCGGCCACCGAGGAGGAAGCACGACCCAAGCGAAAACACGAGUAUCUCCGCUUCGGCAAACGGAAGCACGAGUACCUCCGCUUCGGAAAGAGAAAGCACGAAUAUCUGCGGUUCGGCCGAAAAUAA